AUGGAUCGCUCCUGUGUAAACUGCUUGAAAAAUCUGAUGUUAUUUCUUAACUUCCUAUGCUGGUUAUGUGGUACGUUUGUUGUUGCCUUUGGGGUAUUCCAGGCUAUACACUCCAAGUUUGAAUCUCUGGUCACAACCUUCUGGCCAAUCUACCCUGCCAACACCCUGGUGGUCACUGGUACUAUUGUUACCUGCGUGUGUUAUCUGGGUGUGCUUGGAGCCAUGAAGGAGAAUCGCUGCCUUCUUAUCAGCUUUUUCAUCCUGCUCUUCAUCCUGAUGUUGAUAGAGUUGGCCAUGGCCUGUGUGUUCCUGGUUUAUAGCCGAGUGAUUAACACAUAUUUUGAGAAAGACCUGAAUCAAAGUUUGCAGAUCUACCUACAGUCAAGUCCCGAAGAGAACAAGAUGAUUAAAAAUGAUUUUGAUGCAGUCCAGCACCUGUUUAAGUGUUGUGGAGUACACGGCGAGGAAGACUGGAUGGGGAAGGUUCCCAUCUCCUGUUGUGUCCAGGAUCCCUGCUACUCUCCCAGCCACACCAACUGGCAAGAGGGUUGUCUCAUGAAACUGAGAAACUGGUUUGCAGGAAAUUAUCGGAGCACCGGGGCAGGCGUUGUCACGCUCUUCAUCAUACAGUUUGCUUGUCUGUGUUUUAACAUCCCUCUGUUUUGCCACUUUGGUCGAAAUGGGCUGGGCUACUCAUGA